UUUGACGAAGGGACUCGCGUGAUUUUAUUUUAUAUAUUGCUCGAAUUGCUCUUUUUUGAAGUUAUAACGCUAUAUUUAGCGCUACAUGUCUGUAGAUUUUGAUAAAACUUUCUCAGGUGUUCAGGCCCUGACGGUGGUGAAGUUAGUCCUGCAGAACAAGCAGACUAAUACAUGGCGGACCGUCGACGUCAUGUACAUCGGCUGCGCGCUGGUGGAUGCGCUGCUGCUGGCGUGCGGCGCGCUGACGGCGGGCGGCCGGGUGACGCGCAUGGCGGAGCACUUGGAGCACCUGGAGCGGAUCGAUUCGAAAUGCAAUCCGCGACUGAGUGGCACACAGCACAAGCUGACAGCGUUGGUGCUGUUCUAUAUUUUAGGGUGUAUUUUCCUGCGGUACUACGAGUUUACAGUCUUCAAGGAAAGAUUCCUUGCAGAUAAACCGGAGGGCUGGGUCUCUCAGGCUGUGUUCGUGUUCAUGCAUCUCGCGAUAGAUCUGCUCGUGCUGCAACUGUCGCUGGCGGCGCGCGCGGUGCAGCGCAGCAUGCGGCUCAUCAACGACAGCCUGCAGCGACUGAUCCCCGGCCGACAGUCGCCGACAUCGGAAAUUUACAAAGUUUCUGAACAUACACCGAAGCAGGCAUGGAAAGCAGAAGAGCAUAAUGCGAGAAAGUCUCACGUUAAUUUUAUUUCUAAAAGGAGUCAGCACCAAAUCGUGCAAACGUUCUCGGAUAAGGUUGAUUGUGGUAAGAAUAAAUCGAUACAACUCAUAAGUUUCACUAUUGAAAGUUCAGCAUCAGAUUGAACACAGGGCAGAGGCAGGUGUGGGUGAGUUUGUGGGUGGGUUGGGUGGGUUAUCCGCUGUUUAAGACCACCCUCAUAUUUAGUCCUAGUCGAAAGUGAACUCAGCAUAUUGUCCAAUGAGGGCGAUGGUAUUUUCCGCUUUAUGAACACUUCCUCAAUAAUAUGGUUGCUAUUUUUAAGGGUUAUAAUAUAAUAUACCGUACAAUAGUUGCUGGAAGGAAACAAUAUCAAGUCACAGCAGGGAUACAAUAGAGGGAGGGAGAUUCUAUCAUAGAAUUAAAAAAGAGGAUACCAAGAUUGAGAAGGUCAGCAAGGGACAAUUUGUUUUUUGUAGCAUUUAACUUAUGAGUGAAAACUUCAUGCCAUUUAAAAGUGAAGGCAUUAUGAUCUGAAUACCAAGACACAUAAUUUGGACAUUUAGCAAUAAAAAUUUUUGCAGCCUUGAGAUGUCCCAACUUGUCUACUAUUUUCUGGAAAGCCUUGUCAUUCAGGCUUCAUUCCAUUUCU